AUGACUUCUCAGUUGAACUGGCCGAUAUUGUCUUCCAUGCUUGCUACUUUCUGGCGAAACACGCUAAUUUUAGUAAAACACGCCUUCAUUUGCAUUCAGAUAGAUUUUUCAAAUUUACCGGAUAAUUUGAAGUCAGAAGCAAUAAGUUCAGAAGUUCACAUUAAAAAUGAAACAGAGAAAAUUAUUGAAUUGGAAGCUGAAGCAAGCGCGAGUUUCUCUUGCAAAGAAGGGAUAACAAGGCGCUUAAAGGAAGCUAAUGAUAAAUUAAAGAUCUGUAAGGAAACUUUUAAAGAUAUAAAAGAUGAGAUGACGUCGGUAAAUAUAAAUUUAAUAAAUGUUAAGAAACGUCGGAAGGAAAUGUUCGAUGAAUGCUUUAAUAAAGUUCAAGGAUCCAUCGACAGUGUUUACAAGUCAUUAACAAAAUGUAGCGGAGCACAAGCAACGCUUUCAAUUGAGAACAUAGAGGAGCCUUAUCUCGGAGGUGUCAUAUUUUCUUGUGUACCACCUGGAAAGCGUUUUAGGACAAUGAAUCACCUUUCGGGCGGAGAAAAGACAGUUGCUUCAUUGGCGUUUCUAUUCGCUAUGAGAAGUUAUAAACCAUCACCUUUUCUGCUACUGGAUGAAGUAGAUUCAGCUUUGGAUAAGUUUAAUAGUGUUUUAGUGGCUGACUAUAUUAAUCGAUGUAAGAAUGAUGUUCAAAUCAUUCUAAUAUCAUUGAAUCCUGAAUUUUACAAAAGUGCUGACACUUACAUAGGAACCUUUCUACAGAGAUCCAGGGGAAUGUGCACCAGAAUUGUUUCAAUUCCCACGGCUGGUUAUGCUGACUAA